AAUUUUGCAUUUCCUCCUCCUCCUCCUCCAUCUGGUCGAAGACGAAGUGGACCUCGCCCGUGUCCAGUAUGUUAUCUCCCUGUGGAGCAGGCUAUAGCUAGUAUGCCAACUUCUCCUUCAGAAUCACCUGUACUACAUAAUUUGACAUAUGUUUAUGAUGAAAAUCCGACUAGAAUUGAACCACAUGGAGGUUCUGAAUUUGGUGGAUUCCCAACUCUGAGGGAGAGAAAUGAAUCAUAUGAUAUAAAAGAAUCCAUGACGGUUCACUGUGGAUUUGUUAAAGGCAAUAAACCUGGGGACCAGUCUGGAUUUGAUGUUGAUGAAGUGGACCUUAUGGAGUUGGAGACGUCCCAUCAGAUAAUUGUUGCCUCAGCUGUCUUUGGAAACUAUGACAUAAUACAGCAGCCUACAAACAUUAGUGAGUUUUCGAGGGAAAGUGUACCGUUCUACAUGUUUAUUGAUGAAGAGACGGAAGCUUAUAUGAAGAAUUCCAGUGUCCUGGGAAACAAUAGGAAAGUAGGAUUAUGGAGAGUUAUUGUUGUCCGUAACAUUCCUUACACUGAUGCAAGACGCAAUGGGAAGAUUCCAAAGCUUCUAUUGCAUAGGCUUUUCCCCAAUGUCAGAUAUUCUAUAUGGAUUGAUGGAAAGCUUCGGCUUGUUGUGGAUCCUUAUCAGAUCCUUGAGAGGUUCUUGUGGCGUCAGAAUGCAAAUUUUGCAAUCUCAAAGCACUAUAGACGGUUUGAUGUUUUUGAAGAGGCUGAAGCUAACAGAGCUGCUGGGAAGUACGAUAAUUCAUCCAUUAAUGAGCAGGUUGACUUCUAUAUCAAGGAGGGUUUACAACCUUAUUCUGAGGCUAAGCUUCCAAUAACAAGUGAUGUUCCUGAAGGUUGUGUGAUCAUAAAGGAACACAUUCCCAUCACAAAUUUAUUCACCUGUAAUUGGUUCAAUGAAGUUGAUCGUUUUACCUCCAGGGAUCAGUUAAGCUUUUCCACAGUGAGGGAUAAAAUUAUGGCAAAAGUUGACUGGAGCGUUAAUAUGUUUUUGGAUUGUGAAAGGCGCAACUUUGUCAUUCAGGCAUACCACAGAGAGUUGCUGGAGCAGAUGCCUCCUCCCCCUCCUCCGAGGGUUGUGAUUCAUCGUCCACCAGCUUUGCCUCAUGGUAUCACAUCUGUAAAGACUCCACCUGGGAAGAAGCGUGGACGUGGAGAUAAAAAGCGUCAUCGGAAGGUUGUUACUGUUAGUAGAGACAACAGGCAAUUCUAAUUGUUCUUUCUUCUUUUAUUAAUAACCCCUUUUGACUAUAAGAAAUGUAAUCUCCCCCUCCCCCUUUGUUACAAAAUUAUACAUCACGGGGUAGGAAGAUCUGAUUAGAUCUGUGUAGGAUAGGAAAGGAUAGAUACAACUGUAAUUCUUGUUUGAAAAUUGUUGAUAUCUAUUCAAUCAUCUUUUUCCCUUGCAAAUUCACAUUCCAAAGUGUACUUCUACCUUAAACGACAAAUAUCCGGACUUGUCUAGC